GGUAAACAUUAAAAGUUUCAUCUGAUAAAAUUAAAACUCCAUACGCAGUUAAGAAGAACGACAUUCCACUUUCGAUAAAGAAUCCAUGGAAAAAUGGAAAAGAAAGACAAAAUUCAUGUGCUCACUAUUUCGCUAAUUGCUCUGGUGCUCGCUGUCCUAUCAUGUGCGUGCUCUCUUAUUUCGCAUUACGAAACACAAAAGCAAAACGCUGGGUCAAUAAAACUGACCGAUGACUUACUCAGAUUGAAAAAUGAAAUGUACAAAAUGCAAGUCGAUUUUGUGAAAGUAAGUCAAGAAUUUGAGAAAGUACAAAGAGUCAAUGAUGAUCUAGUUAACGAAGUUCAUGAAGUUAAAGUUAAAUGUCUUGAGGAGAAGGAUGAACUAAAAGAGAUGAAGAAGCGUAUUGUUGAACUGGAAACCGAGAAGCUGCAUUGGACUAAUGACGUAGGUCGAACUGAUGAUCAGUCAGAUUUCAACAAGACAUACAUAAACAGAAUAAAACGAGAAACAACAGCAGCACUUCCUGGGAGUAAUUGUGGCCGUGAUGGCAGGGACGGUCCACCUGGGCCACAAGGACCCCCUGGUCGAGAUGGCAGAGAUGGUUCAAGUGGACAAGGAUUUUCAAUCAGCGAUAUAACCAAUUUACUUGAACAUUUGCACAAGACGAUGUCAAACAAUAACAAUUCGAUUGGUGUGCAAGGCCCUCAAGGACCACCGGGGCCUAGAGGGCAGGCUGGUGGAGCUGUCUAUGUACGCUGGGGCAGGACUACCUGCCCGAAUAAUGCGGAGAAUGUUUAUUCAGGUGUAAUGGGGGGCUCAUUCCAUUCUCAAACGGGAUCAGGAGCGAACUUUCUAUGUCUUCCAAAAGAACCUGAGUGGGGGAAAACAGUCGCUGGUUUCCAGUCAGAUGCCCGUAUCUAUGGGGUGGAGUUUGGUAAUUUUGAAAACAGUCCGUUCCUUACAGAUAACUUCCCCGACCCUUCAAAACCAGCUAAUUGGCUUUAUGACCAUGAUGCAGUAUGUGCCGUUUGUAGAGUACAACAAAGAAACAGCAAAGUUAUGAUCCCUGCCUUGAAGUCUUGUCCCGAAUUAUGGACAUUGGAGUAUAAAGGAUACCUCAUGAGUCAGCAGAUAAGUCACCAAAAAUCUGAAUUUAUAUGUUUUGAUGAAGCUCCCGAAGCGGACAUAGCAGGUCAUGAGAACAGAGAUGGUGGCAUUAUACGUGUGGUAGAGGGCGCCUGUGGCUCCCUACCCUGUCCUAACUACAUAGAUGGAUAUGAACUCACAUGUGCUGUCUGCACAAAAUAAGGAGUUUUAAGCUUGCAAUGUUUUUCACAACCUAAACGUGAACGUAAAAUAUUUAAGCGAUGCAUUUGUAUGGGU